AUGACUGAGCCGAGUUGGAUGAUGUCCCGUCCUUAAAAGUGGAUUUAUGUGGAAAUUGCCUCAGAAUGACUAGAUAGUCCUCAAGUAAGGCCGCUGUCGAGUAACACAUCAAACGUUAAAGAAGACAAACAUUAGUCAUUUGAUUUUAUUUAAAGACAUAUUCUACAAUUUCAGUUUAUAUUCUUAUGACCAUAUAAGUUUUGUUUUCAUAUUGAUCAUGUUUGACUAUAAUUGCCUAUGAAAGGCAAUUUGCUGACUUUGAUGAUAAAUUUAGUUAACUAGUUGCACUGACUCGGAGGCGGCUGCUGGCAAGGAGUCGAAACUCAGAAAGUAAAGGAUUUUUCUCUAUUGAAAGAAAGCCGUCAGCCCAUUGGAGACACACGAGACUCGUUACUUUGCAGGUCUUGGCACUGACAGAUGCGUUGUCACGCGUAGGAGUCCUGAGCCAUACUCCAUCUCUCUUUUUUUAGCCCUCUCUCCCCCCACCCCUCUGUCCUCCUCCUCUUUCUCCUCUGCCUCCUCCUCCUCCUUUCGAUAUCUCUAAUAAGACACAUGCUCCUGAGCUGAAGCUCUCACACACACACAAGCCUGGUGUGUAUGCUCCCUGGGCCGGCUGUUUCCUCGACGCGCCACCUCUGCUGCUGCUGCGGCCCCUCUACAUGGGUUGAAGGGCCUGGGUCUCUCCCUCUCUUUCUCCAUCUCUCUCUGCCUCCUUCUCUCUCUCUCUCUCUCUCUCUUUGUCUCUCCCGAUUACAGUAGUUGCCAGCGUGUCUCGUCUCCUCUCCCUCUCUCUCUCCCUCUCCCUCUCCCUCAUCUGCCCUCCUCCUGUUUUGCCUGGCGUCCUGUUCGUCUGACGCUGCUCCACCGCAACUCGACCCGAGUUGACCCCUUGAUGUGUGCUAUGGGUCGUGCCCCGGGUGUGUUCACAGCUUCAGCCCCGUCAUCACCACCAGCAUCGCCGCCGCCGCCACCAGCAUCAUCUUCCUCAUCCCCACCAUCCUCAUCCUCGUCCGCUGCCAGAGUAGCCUCACCAGCCUCUCCCUGCGUCGUGGGGAGCCACAGGUGCCAGUGGCAGUAAAAAGGAAGUCAGCACUAGCUGACUGACCGCCUUUUUAACCGGCUCUUCGACCUGACUGGUGGUCCGCCUGCCCUGAACGGCUGAUUGUAGCUCCAGGUCCCAGAGCCAUCUCCAGCCCCAGCAGAGGCUGGGUGGAAGUGAGGGGAGGCCUACGGAUCGGCGCACCUGCAGGAGCAGGGGGGAGAGCACACCCCCCCACAGCCGGCCGGCAGAGACUAUGCAGCCGGGACUGCUGGCCCUGGCCGUGGUCAUCCUCAGCACGUCCAUAGGACACGGCAACGACGGAAGCCUCAAGCCCGGCAAGGCGAGGAGGCAUAGACGCAUAAGUACUGAAGUGCCACCGCCAUCUUGCUCAAAUGGCUGUGAGAACUGUUCAAAGGACAACGGCUGUCUGAAAUGCCGCCCUCGCCUCUUCUUCCUCCUGGAGCGCAAUGACAUCCGCCAGACGGGCGUGUGCCUGGCCUCCUGUCCCGUCGGCUACUUCGGCAUUCGACAGCCGGACAUGAACAAGUGUGCUCAAUGUAAAAUAGAAAACUGUGAGGAGUGCUUCAGUCGAACGUUUUGCACAAAGUGUAAGGAGGGCUUAUAUUCUCACAGAGGCAGAUGCUACUCCAGUUGCCCAGAGGGACACAGCACAGUCAAUGGCACUAUGGAGUGUGUGGUGCAAUGUGAGCUGGGUGAAUGGAGUGCCUGGGGCCCGUGCAUGAAGAAGAACAAGACGUGUGGCUUUAAGAAGGGCACCCAGACGCGUGUCAGGGAGCCAGCGCAGCCCCCCAGCCCCGACACGGCCUCCCGGCCCCCACCUUCCUCCACCUGCGCCCCGGAGACCGAGAGCCAGAGGUGCACCGUUACCAAGAGGGUCCAGUGUGGUGGGAAAGGAGGAGGAGGCAGGGGGAAAAAAGACAAACAAGAUGGCCCGAGGAACCGUGAUAAAGGCACGGGCAGCAAGAACCGUGGCAAUAAAGGAACAGGAGGAGGAGGAGGAGGCACAGUGAGUUUGCUCGUGCCCGUCCCCCAUGUAAACAUGGACCAGAUGUCCCUGGCUUACGCUGUUGCAUCAUCGGCCCAGCAGAAGUCGGGGGCAUUCAAGGCCACCAGAGUCUCGGGCAAGCCCACAGAGCUAAAGCGGCACACAUUAGUGCUCAGUGUGUUAUUACCAAUUCCGAGCCUCUGCCCUUCGCAGAGAGUCUAA